CAGAAGUUUUCCCUCUUCGCCACCCUUCUCUCUCCCUCUCUUCUCGCACCUUCUUCCACCCUCUCCUUCACUUUCCACUCCCUCCUUCACCCUCUCUCUCUCCCCCUCUGAAACCCUCGCUCCUCCAUUUCCGACGCCAUGUACAACCUCACCUCUCCGUCUCCUCCUUCCCUCCUUGCCCUCUCCAGAGCUCGCUUCGACUCCACUCCCCUCUCCAGAAUUCCCCCCGCCUUCUCCCCGCGACGUCCUCUCUCCGGAACCGCUCGCCCUUCGUCUCCUCCGCGUUCCGUUCCGCGCGCCGAUCGGAGUUUCCGCUGUCCGAGCUUUUCCACCGCCCCGAGGUGCUCUGUUCCGCGGCUGAGCCGCGGCGUGCGCUGGCGGUCUCCUACGCUGAGUGUCCGCGCUCAGAUUAGAACCGGUGCUCUGGUCAUCGAGAGGCUCCAGCGAAGGAUUGCUACUAUGACUCCAGAACAUGCUUUCCAGAGAAUAUUGACAAGCCUUCCGAAGCCUGGAGGUGGAGAGUUUGGAAAGUUUUAUAGCUUACCAGCUUUGAACGAUCCCCGAGUAGAGAGGCUGCCCUACUCUAUAAGGAUACUCUUGGAAUCUGCUAUACGUAAUUGCAACAACUUCCUAGUCACUAAGGAUGAUGUUGAAAAGAUCAUUGACUGGGAGAAUACAUCACCUAAGCAAGUUGAAAUUCCCUUCCAGCCUGCCCGUGUCCUGUUGCAGGAUUUUACAGGAGUACCGGCGGUGGUUGACCUUGCUUGCAUGCGGGAUGCCAUGAAGGAUCUUGGCAGUGAUCCUGAAAAUAUCAAUCCGUUGGUUCCGGUGGACCUGGUUGUCGAUCAUUCUGUUCAGGUUGAUGUAGCCAGAAAUGAGAAUGCUUUGGAGGCUAAUAUGGAAUUGGAGUUUCACCGAAACAAAGAGAGAUUUGCUUUCCUUAAGUGAGGAUCCACCUCUUUCCAUAACAUGCUUGUUGUGCCACCUGGUUCUGGGAUAGUCCACCAGGUUAAUCUGGAAUAUCUUGGAAGGGUUGUUUUUAACACUGAUGGCAUUCUGUACCCAGAUAGUGUGGUCGGUACAGAUUCCCAUACAACUAUGAUUGAUGGGUUAGGAGUAGUUGGUUGGGGAGUGGGAGGAAUUGAAGCAGAGGCAGCUAUGCUUGGACAGCCCAUGAGCAUGGUAUUGCCUGGCGUUGUUGGGUUCAAGUUGACAGGACAGUUGCGUGACGGUGUCACUGCCACUGACUUAGUUUUAACUGUAACCCAGAUACUCAGAAAGCAUGGUGUUGUCGGGAAGUUUGUUGAGUUUUAUGGUGAAGGAAUGGCUCGGUUAUCACUAGCUGACAGGGCCACAAUUGCUAACAUGUCUCCUGAGUAUGGGGCAACAAUGGGCUUCUUCCCUGUGGAUCAUCUUACAUUGCAGUACCUGAGGUUAACAGGACGGAGUGAUGAAACGGUGUCCAUGAUAGAGGCAUAUUUGCGUGCAAACAAGAUGUUUGUUGACUAUAGUGAGCCUCAACGAGAAAUAGCAUACACAUCUUAUCUUCAGUUGGACCUGGCAGAUGUUGAACCUUCAGUUGCAGGACCAAAAAGGCCUCACGACCGAGUUCCUUAGAAAGAUCUGAAGGCUGAUUGGCAUGCUUGUCUUGACAACAAAGUUGGCUUCAAGGGAUUUAAUGUACCAAAGGAGGCACAAGAUAGAUUGGUAGCCUUUUCAUUCCAUGGAAUACCUGCGGAGCUUAAGCAUGGUAGUGUCGUUAUUGCAGCAAUCACAAGUUGCACAAACACGUCAAACCCUAGUGUCAUGCUUGGAGCUGGGCUUGUUGCAAAGAAAGCCUGUGAACUCGGAUUGGAGGUUAAACCAUGGAUUAAAACAAGUCUUGCACCUGGAUCUGGAGUUGUCACAAAGUACCUGCUCAAGAGUGGCUUGCAAAAGUAUCUGAACUUUCAGGGCUUUCAUUUAGUUGGUUAUGGUUGCACUACAUGCAUCGGAAAUUCAGGGGAACUUGAUGAAUCAGUUGCCUCUGCAAUUGCAAAUAAUGAUAUAAUUGCUGCAGCUGUGCUUUCUGGAAAUCGAAAUUUUGAAGGCCGUGUUCACCCAUUGACGAGAGCAAACUAUCUUGCUUCACCUCCAUUGGUAGUUGCAUAUGCACUUGCGGGCACGGUUGACAUUGAUUUUGAUAAGGAAUCUAUUGGAACAUCAAAGGAUGAGAAGAAAGUAUAUUUCAAGGAUAUUUGGCCGAGUAAUGAGGAAAUUGCAGAGGUUGUUCAAGCUAAUGUGUUGCCGGACAUGUUCAAGAGCACUUAUGAGGCUAGUACAAGGGGAAAUCCUAUGUGGAAUCAGCUCUCUGCACCUUCCUCUACCCUAUAUUCUUGGGAUCCAAGCUCGACUUAUAUUCAUCAACCUCCAUAUUUUAAGAACAUGACCAUGGAUCCUCCUGGUCCUCAUAGAGUGAAGGAUGCCUAUUGCCUACUGAACUUUGGAGACAGCAUAACUACUGAUCAUAUCUCACCAGCUGGAAGUAUCCACAAGGACAGCCCUGCAGGUAAGUAUCUCUUGGAACACGGAGUGGACCCCAAGGAUUUUAACUCUUUUGGCAGCCGGCGAGGCAAUGAUGAAGUGAUGACGCGUGGUACUUUUGCCAAUAUUCGCCUUUUCAACAAGCUCUUGAACGGAGAAGUGGGUCCAAAUACGAUUCAUAUCCCAUCAGGAGAGAAACUGUUUGUGUAUGAUGCCGCUAUGAGGUACAAGGUCGCUGGGCAAGACACAAUUAUCCUCGCAGGAGCUGAGUAUGGAAGUGGCAGCUCUCGAGAUUGGGCUGCCAAGGGACCGAUGCUCCUGGGGGUGGAAGCAGUGAUCGCCAAAAGUUUUGAGAGAAUACAUCGUAGCAAUCUGGCUGGUAUGAGGGUCAUUCCACUGUGUUUCAAGCCAGGCGAGGAUGCGGACAUGUUGGGAUUGACGGGGCAUGAACGCUACACCAUAGACCUUCCCAGUAAAGUCAGUGAGAUAAGGCCUGGCCAAGAUGUUACUGUUACAACCAAUACCGCGAAAUCAUUCACAUGUACCCUGCGAUUUGAUACCGAGGUAGAGCUGGCAUAUUUUGAUCAUGGUGGAAUUCUACAAUAUGUUCUACGCAGCCUGAUUAAACAGUAAACUUAGAGUCAGCAGUUCGCUUCUUUUCGUUUCUUGGAGAGGUCCGGGAAAUAAUAGUGUGUGAAAAAUCCUUUGGUUUUCUUGUACGUAAUAAUUUGGUUUGGUGAAAAAUUUGGGGGACGAGUGUGGGGAUUAAAGA